AUGUCCUCAAAACCACACGUCGUCAUCAUCGGCGCGGGGGUAAUCGGCCUCACUUCCGCCCUCGAACUCUCCCAAUCCCACAAUGUCACCGUUCUCGCUACACAUCUCCCCGGCGACUGGGCCAUCGAGUACUCUUCCCCCAGAGCGGGAGCCCAUUUCCGUCCUACACCUGUAAAUAACGAGAAAGAUGCCCUUGAAAAUACAUACAUGCACCAGACGUUCGACAAGUUGAAGCAUGUGUCUGAAUCGGAUACAUCGUCUGGUGUGGAAUUUAUUCCCGCAGUGGAGUACUUUGAGUCGGAUCUCUCUGCAAAGGACAUGGAGAUGUUCUCGUCCUGGCCUGGUUUCCGGAUCUUGAAACCGAGUGAAUUGCCGAAAAGCUCUAUCAAGGCUGGGUUAACCUACGAUGCUUGGGUUCUAAACUCACCCGUUUAUUUGAAGUGGUUGCAGAGGAAGGCCGAGGACAAUGGAGUAGUCUUUGUUCGAGAGACAUUGACUGCCAUUCCUGAAGCAGUGUUUGUUGCUACCCGAUAUCGUGAGGACUUGGCGCCACCUGAAAUUGUGGUGAAUGCAAGUGGUAUUGGCUUCGGCGACGCAGCUUGUUUCCCGUCUAGAGGGCAGUUUAUCCUCAUUGAAAACACAUACCAGCGUACUGUUUCCCAUCAUUGUGCGGACGGACACGCGACAGUGGUUAUUCCUCGUCCUCUAGGAGGGGGGACAGUCAUCGGAGGGACAAAGGAGCCUAAUAAUUGGUCACCGCAUAACUCGACAGCAGCAACGGAAGAAAUAUUACGGCGUGUAGCGGCUAUUUGUCCUGACAUCCUGCAGCAAGCUCCUGGAAAUAAUGCCAAGCCAGAAAUACAUGUCAAAGAAGCGUAUGUUGGGCGGAGACCGAUGAGGAAGGGAGGCAUGCGCCUUGAAUCAGAGAUUAUUGAGAUUGUUGAAACUGCUCAAGAUGGUCUUCAUAAUGGGAAGAGAAAUUUGCAUGUUGUGCAUUGUUAUGGCGCUGGGCCAAGCGGGUAUAAGAUUAGCUGGGGGGUUGCCACGAAGAUUUCUGCCUUGGUUAGGGGAGUGUAG